UCAUGUGGUAGGGAAGAAUGGGACAGAACUUUUGAGCCGUUGGUCUUAUCGAUACAGAAAUAAUCCCUACAAUUUCAAGUUUCACAGGUUGAUUCUCCCCCAUGUCCCCUCUAAAACUCCACAUCUCUUUUUACCUUAGGUAUUAUCUUAUCUCACCUAACCUAACGCGCCUCGAUUUACGUACCUACAUACUAGUUAGAACUUAAACUGUAACUCGAAGGAAGCCCCCCCCAAAAAGAGUUCGCGUUGUCUUUCGUUGGUUCGUCCGGCGCCAAAGCUACCUAGUCCAUAGGUACCAUCCCUGUGGGACCGCUAGCUUUUUUUUUUUUUUUUUGUUCUCACUUACCCUAUCGAAAAUGCCGGGCAAAAACGUGGCUGGAGGAGGGAAAGGAGGCAAGGGUCUCGGUGGGAAAGGAGGGAUCAGGCGUCACCGUAAGAUACUUCGCGAUAACAUCCAGGGCAUUACUAAGCCCGCUAUCAGACGGCUAGCCCGUAGAGGUGGCGUCAAGCGAAUAUCCGCUCAGAUAUACGACGAAGUCCGAUCAGCCUUAAAAGCGAGGCUCGAAGAGAUCAUACGUGAUUGCGUCGUGUACACCGAGUACCGCCAGAGGAAAACCGUCACCAUCAACGAUGUCAUACAUUCGUUGAAACGAUUGGGUCGUCCUAUUUACGGAUUCGACGAUGUUAACGGAGGACCUCAGAAGACUAAACCGGCAAAGGCUGGUCGCACAUGAGAGAAAUGCCUAGCUACCAUGUUUGUUCAAAAUAAGCUCGCUUUUUCUUGAAUGGUCUGAUUGAGACUACUGGCGUAUUGGUGGGGGUGGCUAUGGGAUUGACUUCACAACCUGUGCUCUUUUAACUGCAGUUGGGACCAUUGGCUAGAAACAUUAGCUAGCAACCGGGAGCUCAUGGGACAUUUAACAGUAUCA